AUGGAGUCGUCCAAUGAUGACGACGGUGUUGAGAAGAAUGAAGAGAAAGAAGAGGACGAAGGGGGUGAAGAGAUAGAAGAGGACGAAGGGGAUGAAGAGAAAGAAGAGGACGAAGGGGGUGAAGAGAAAGAAGAGGACGAAGGGGGUGAAGAGAAAGAAGAGGACGAAGGGGAUGAAGAGAAAGAAGAGGACGAAGGGGAUGCAGAAGUGAGUCCAGCCGAGCGAGACCUUACCUUCUUCACCUGGACGAUAGAAGAUGUUGCGGACUGGAUUAAAAACAUGGGAUUCCCUUUCUAUCAGGAUUGCUUCAUUCAAAAUUAUGUUGAUGGCAAGAAACUUAUCAUGGCUGAUGCCACGACUUUAUGUAAAUUAGGAAUAAGAGAUUUCCAGCAUAUCAAAACCAUUGCAUAUCAGAUCCGAAAGUUAAUUUAUCUUGAGAAACCAGACUGGAACCGAAGUAUCUCUCUGCCACCCCGCACUGACUGGGGUAUGUUUCUGGAAAUGAAGAGCAAGACAGGCAAAAUAACUGAAGAGAUGGAAUUUGAGAAAUUCAGAACUGAUCAUAAGGAUGUGAUUUGGCAGCCGCCUCUUGAUAAUUCUGGUAAAAUACAAACAUGUUUUAGGGAAAAACUUGUAAGCUCCCAGGGAGCAACGAUGUCUUCAGAAAGUGAAGGACAACAGACAACUAGUUCUGCUUCUGAUUAAAUUUUAGAUUGGACAAAACAAGAAUUUUACUGUAAUUUUAUAUUUUUUUUAACAAAAAGUCAAUAAUUUUCUAUCAUAUAUUUUUAUUUUCGUAUUUUCCAUAAAUUACAAAUUUCAGAACUUUC